UACAAAUAAGUUUCCUCUCUCUCUCUCGAGACAGGGAAACCAUGCCAUCUCACUCUCAUAGUCUCACUGCCAUGGCGAGAGCGGCCUUCGUCUUCUCCCUCCUCCUGGCCUCGGUCUGCAACGCCACUGCCCAAGGUGCAGGGGAAGUGGCGGCGGCGUGCAGGGCGACGGACCUGGUGGUGAGGCAGAGGGCGACGGGGCGGGUGGUGGAGGGGAAGCCGGAGUACGCGGUGGAGGUGGCGAACCGGUGCCGGUGCGCGCAGUCGAGGGUGCUGCUGCGCUGCUACGGCCUCAGCAGCGUGGAGUCGGUGGACCCGCGCGCCAUCCGCCCCGUCGACGACGACCGCUGCGUGCUCCGCGGCGGCCGCCCCAUCCGCCGCGGCGCGCCGCCCGUGCGCUUCACCUACGCCUGGAUGACGCCCUUCGACUUCCCCCUCGUCAGCUCGCAGGUCCACUGCUAGCGUCUAGCUAGCGCUACCAGUAUCGACCGAUUAGCAACGCACGGUAGCUAAAGCUAGUUUCGUCCCCAAAACGGCUGGCAGCUGCAGCCAUUCCUACGUCCAAAAAAACAAACAAACCUUAGUGAAUGUGACAUAUCGUAAUACAAUAAAUUUAGGUAGAAAUAUAUUUAAAUUUAUAAUAUUAAGAUGUGUCACAUCGUUUUUUAUAAGACGGGACUAAGCCAUAUUAUUUAGGUACAUACAGGCGUGCUCGUGUGGGUAAAAACCCACACUGUGUUUGUUGUCAUUAUUUUGGGGGUCUGGAAAAGCUGGGCACCCUUACGGCUGUCUAUGGUUGUAAGCUAAAAUCAAGAAUUUAAGAUCGUCAGUUA